CUUCUCCGCCCACGCGGAAGGUUCUUAAACUGUAACUCAGUACUGCUCAGCACCCACACCAGACCCCGACCCGACCUGUUGCGACUCUCUCGCCUCGCUAACAAACAACCCAGCAUAUCUGCGCUCACACCUGCCAUUGCUCAACCUUAACCACACCCCCCCCUUCGUACUGAAAUCGCCCUCACCACCCCAAACUCUACAUUCAACAUCCAAACACUCUCGAAAUCGCAAGAGUUGGGUCCCGAAAUGGCCACAUCAUGACCUCUCGACCCACCGUGGGCCAGCGACAGCCGCCCCAAAGAUCAUUGAGUUCCACGAAUGUCCUUCAGCGGCCUGCACCGCAUCGAACGCUCUCGCAGCAGUUUCCUUCAAGUUCUCCUACAAGGAGGAACAAUGAUGGCUUCGUGGACUUGACGCUCGAUGGGACGGAUGCGCCGCAAGGACGCUAUGGAACCAUGCCGAGGAUGGGGGGUUCGCGCCUCAGAUUGGAGAUUUCCGAAGCAAGUCAUUCCGACUUGGUCGAGUCUCCUAAUCCAGCUACAGGAUUGACGCCAAAUUGGAGGACUCCAGUAACUUCAGGCGCUCGAUCGCAACACCAUUUUGACGUGCCAAUUCCCAGCAACUUCAGCCCUCGCACGUUACAAGAGGGAGGCCAUAAUGACAGCGCAAUAAAGCCUAUGCCCUUGCCUGUCAGACCAAAGCAACAUGGUCCUCCGAGUACCAAAAAACCGAGACCCGUCGCGGGGGCGGUUGUCAAGAAAGACGUUCGCCCGAAGCCGUAUACGUUGGAAGUUCCGGCAGCCGCUCCUCGAUACCCCCCGAACGGUAUGUUGCAAACUGUAUAGUUUUUCGGGACAAGUUCCUCAUUACUAACCCUUCCAGGUCAUAUUGAUUUCUUUCCAUGGACAGGAAAUCACCCCGAAGAUCAAUUCUCGGAGCCCAUCAUUCGUGGAGGCUACUACGACAAAUCACAGAUGACCCCGAGCGAGAGUGGAACAGCCAGGCCAAACAUAUUUCCGGCAUUAAAGCAAAAGAACGGUUUACAAGCGCUUUCAUCAAUAUUUACAACUGUGCUUGCGCAAAGGAGGGCCCAUGGACAAAUCACCACAAGUUCGACGUUCAAACCCCCGCCUCGUGUAACUGUUACAGAUACGAAGAGAGAAAUGUGGCUUAAAGACCUGGCAAACCCUACAAUUUCGUUGCGACGGUUGAGCAGAUCAAUUCCUCAUGGUAUACGCGGAAAGGUUCUGUUAGAUCAGUCACUAAGCAAAAAUAUACCGAUCGAGAGAGCUGUAUGGUUGGCAAAGUGCGUGGGAGCAAAUGAGCUGCGGUCUUUUCGAAGAAAAGGAGUCAGUGGGACCUUCGCUAUGGGCGGAGAAGCAAAGUGGAUUCGGGAUUUUACAGUUUGCGUGGAACAAUUUCUCGAGAAUCUUGUAGGCACAUGUGGUGAAGAGGAAUUUAGAACUAGGAUUACCUAUGCGUAAGUUCCCAAAAUGAUUGCAAAGGAAAAUAAAUGGCUAACCACUGUCUAGCAUACGAUUGGCGGCACAUUUUUAUGCUGAGCAUUUGCUCGACCGCGAGCAUUACAUGGAGUGGCUAGUUUCAUCCUUGGAGAACAGCCCACAAACAAAGCUGCCUCUAUGGAUCUUGGUUACUCAAGUUUAUUGGAAAGAUCUUUUGCAAUACCGCAAAUACGGGCGGCGACUUUCCGCAGCUUUGCUAAAUCAUUUUGCUAAGGUAUGUUUUUCAAUGAUGGUUUUAUGAACAAUUGAGCUCACAUGAAUCAGACUGCAAACCACCCUGAUCAGGAUAUUUUGACGCCAAUAGUUGAACGCUUACGGGAACUUCUGAAAACGCUCAUGGCCUCAAAUCCAGACAGUUUUGUGUUUCCAGCAACCUGGACCAAAUACAGAGAGGUCAUAAAAUCUCACUUGGCGCCGACCGGUAAAAGUUUUCAGGUCAUUUAUGAGAUUAUUGAUCGAAGAAGUCGACGUCUCAGCAUGCCAGGACCGGAGAAAGACAACACGCCUCAACAACGACUAAUUCAACUUCUAGACAGCUCUCUUUCUGGGUGUUUUGAGAAUGAUAUUCUCAAACAGUGCUGGAAAUUAGACAACGAUAAAGCCACCCUCCUCCGUGUUGUCCUGGAAUGGUCCACCUCCUUGUAUCGCCCAGGUUACGCAAAAAUAUAUAUCGCGGCGCGUAUCUGCAGAUUUUGGAGUAGAUCUGAUUUUGACAUCACGACUGCGAUCCUCGACUUCGUUGCUUCCGAUGCCUGCGAGCAAGGCCGCAACAAGCCUUCUUUCUAUCAUUUAUUAUGCGAACUUGCCCGUUCAGAACAUUUUUCAGUUGCAAAGUAUCUCCAAUGGUUGGUAGCUCGGGGGGGUAUUCAUGAUGCCGUGGACGUUCUACCUGAUGGACCUUGUGCAACACGGCUGCUCGCUGAGUUGCCAACACAUAACCUUAUUGAGGCCCUUAUACCGCUCCACUCAACGCUUCUCAGUCGUGCGGGAUUUUUCGUUGACGAAGAGGAGGAAAGGAUGAGAAAUUGCAUGGCUGUCAUCAAUCGAAGCUUACCUACCAUGCAAGCGAACGCUGUCACUGAAAUGGACCUGGAUGUUGUGAACGUCGACGACGAUAUUAAUAUUCUCAUCGCAUCAUUGAACAGAUCAAGCAAGUCAGAGAUUGGCCUCUGGCUUAGACAUAAAGUUCGAGUUCAGAUGCAGCAGCCAAAUAUACCGCCACGCGACAAUUGGGAUGCUUCGCCGGUAAAGUCCAACACUUCGGACAUCACUGUUACUACCUUCAAUCAGCUCCGCUACUAUCUUGAACUUAUUGAGGAUUAUUCAAUGUUAGCAGAUACAUUGAAACUUACAGCGAGUUCAAAUGACAUAGAAGUUCUGGCCUCUUGUGCGGACACCAUCAAUUUGCAUAUCAAACCGCUCAUCGCUAUUGGCGCUUUAAACAGUCUUUUCGACAAACUCGUAACUCGUAUGCGAGUUCUGGCGAGGGAGCAGGACGGUUUACCUAGAGUCUUCUUGGCAUCGCUAUCAGACCUUGCUACUCGAAUACCAAGUCAAAAGGUUCUCGCUCAGCAACUUUCUCAAGAGCUUGCCUUAAGUGAUAGAAAAACGGCGGUCGAUGCGUGCUCGCCUGUGUCUGAUCAUGUCGCUACUACGCAAACGUCCGAGUUGGAUUUCGUGGAUGAAUUUGAGAAAAUAUUGGCCAGCGGCAAUAGUAUGGACCAGGCCACCUUGGACCGUUUGUUUCAUAGAGUUUCGGAACAACUGGAAUUAUCAAGCGCGAAAUCUCGUCAGCAGCAAAAGGAAUAUGCGAUGCUACUCGCCCGACUUCGGCCAUUUAAUUGUCAACAUUUCGAUGUGUUGAUGUCUGCUUGGGUCACACGGCUUUUGAAAUUGGAAGAACGACCAAGUAUGAUGGCGGUUCUUGGACCACUAGUCGCCUUGGGAUGCCUUUCAUUCUCAAGUAUUGCGGCAAGCACCAAAACCGUCUUUGAAAUGGAAUCCUCCAUGGCUUCUUCAAACAGCCGUACCUGCCAAGAACUCGUGCAAUUACUUCUAGGACCUUCAGAUACGACGGGAGCGAUGGACCCCGAAGAUAUUUACCGUCUCCGUAUCAAGCAGAAACAUACUCAGAUGGACUGUCCUGAAGCUGUUCUUACUAGUAUCCGCCAAGACUUGGAACUUUCAGAGCUCGCAAAGCCCAAAGGUGCUGCUCUAGAUAUUUCAGUUCUAAUCUUUGGGCACGAUACGUUCGAAGUUAUGCAAGAAUACGCUCUCUUGUAUCCCGACAUGGUCGUCAAAGCUCUUGUGCUGCCUCUACUAAAAAACGGCGACUCGCGAGCGGCUAGAGUAAUCACUACAUUUAUCGACAAGCUUUUGUUCAGAUCGCAAAGCAAUAACGAAAUCACAACCGAGGCUAUUUUGGAUAUUGCUAAUGAUUUGACACUCCCUUUCUGCCAGAUAAAGCUCGAAUCAAUGUUCAGUGGCGAAGACAGUGUCAUGGCAGGCACUGAGGACCCCAGAUCUGGUCGUCUCCAAGCUUUCGAUAGCGCUAUUGAGGCAGCAGUAAAUUCCGGAAAGACAGCUUGGGCGAGCAUUGUCCCCCUCCUCGAAGUCUCCAUCGCCCAACAUUUACGAAGACGCUCUGAAUUGCAGUUCCUUGCAUUGUUCCCAUCUCAUAAGACGGCAAGCACUUUUGAUUUUGCGAACAUGCAAAGCCGCCUCUCUCAUGCCGCGAACCUAUUACGUAUAAUAGAUUCAACUGCGUACAGCAUCACGACUUCACAAACAACCUCUGGGAAUACGAAUAUAGCCCAGGAAAUCUUGACAACACUGAAUGGUGUGCGACUGCUAUUGUCGGGAACAAAAAUGAUGCUAAUCAAGGAAACUCUUAUCUCGAAAUGGAUACCUCUUUUAUUAACCUUCAUUACACUUCACAUUUCUGAAUUUGAAGCGACUAAACUAGGCCAUGAAAUUCGGGCCAAAGCUAUCUUGGCUCUGUCCGCUAUAUUACUUGACUUACAAAGUCUCGACUUGAACACGGAGGCGGCCAAUGACCUUAUGGAACAAAAUUACGACCUGGCACUUCAUCUCGUUGACGAUCUUCCCGACGAAGUGCGCCAGCAAUGCAUUCGCAGUCUUCACGACACGAUUUCAAGUCCACAAAUGUACUACCUACUUAGCUUCCAGGCGAACCCCUCUGAAGGCCUUGUUCUUUGCCACAAAGAGGGCACGCUGUCGAGUGGUGGCGAAGCGUCGAAAAUUGGGGAAAAGGAAAAACUGACGCCCUUUGUAUUGCGAAGAUGGGAAAUGUUGGGCGAACCCACACCAAAUAUCGGAGAGAAUGAUACGAGUUUGAAUCUGACCUUAUUUGGUGCUCGUCGUGGAUAGAGGGAAUGGGGUAUAUGUUUGGAUUGAUACAUUAUCUGUAGGAAUAGUUAGAAAGUGUAACUACAAGGAAUUGACAGACGAGUAGGAUAGCGGUGUAUUUGGAAAAGGACUCGGGAGAUUCGAUAGAUGGAUUAAGAUGGCCGAUAUUUCUCUUUUACUAUUUAUUUUGUGGACGAUAUUUAUGAUACCAAGAGAACGGAUGAGAAUAAAUUAUGAAGUUAACACUAAAGAUUAAGCAAAAG